AUGUCAGAAGCGUCUGCAGAUGAACGCCUGACGGCAGGGAUGCAGGUGUUUAUGGAGUGUCUGGCAAAAGCCGGUACGCAGGUGGAAAAACUCGAUAAAGCGCUGAUUGACCAUCAUAUUGCAGAGCUUGAUUAUCAGAUCAGCCGUCAGCUGGAUGCUGUGCUUCAUCAUCCGGAAUUUCAGAAAGUUGAAUCCCUGUGGCGGGGCGUGAAGUCUCUGGUGGAUAAAACGGACUUCCGCCGUAAUGUGAAAAUUGAGCUGCUGGAUCUGUCCAAAGACGAUCUGCGUCAGGAUUUUGAGGAUGCGCCGGAAAUUAUUCAGAGCGGUCUUUAUCUGCAGACCUAUGUGGCUGAGUAUGACACGCCGGGUGGUGAGCCCAUUGCCGCCCUGGUUUCGGCCUGGGAGUUUGAUGCAUCUGCACAGGACGUGGCACUGCUGAAAAAUAUUUCCCGGGUGGCGGCAUCCGCGCAUAUGCCGUUUAUUGGUUCAGUUGGCCCGGCGUUCUUCCAGAAAGAAACCAUGGAAGAAGUGGCUGCCAUCAAGGAUAUUGGCAACCACUUUGAACGUGCCGAGUACAUCAAGUGGAAUGCUUUCCGUGAGACGGACGAUGCCCGCUAUAUUGGUCUGGUGAUGCCCCGUGUACUGGGACGCCUGCCGUAUGGCCCGGAUACCGUACCUGUCCGCAGCUUUAACUAUGUUGAAGAGGUGAAAGGACCGGAUCACCAUAAAUAUCUCUGGACGAACGCGUCUUUUGCCUUUGCCGCCAACAUGGUGCGUAGUUUUGUCACCAAUGGCUGGUGUGUUCAGAUCCGCGGGCCUCAGGCCGGUGGUGCGGUGCAGGAUUUGCCAAUCCAUCUGUAUGAUCUGGGAACCGGUAAUCAGGUCAAAAUACCGUCAGAGGUGAUGAUCCCGGAAACGCGGGAGUUUGAAUUCGCUAAUCUGGGCUUUAUUUCUCUCUCUUACUACAAGAACCGGGAUUAUGCCUGCUUCUUCUCCGCCAACUCCGCCCAGAAACCGGCGCUGUACGAUACGCCGGAUGCGACAGCGAACAGCCGUAUUAAUGCCCGUCUUCCCUAUAUCUUCCUGCUGUCCCGCAUUGCGCAUUACCUGAAGAUCAUUCAGCGGGAAAAUAUCGGUACCACCAAAGAUCGCCGUCUGCUUGAGCUGGAGCUGAAUAACUGGAUCCGGGGACUGGUGACGGAGAUGACCGAUCCGGGCGAUGAGCUGCAGGCCUCGCAUCCGCUGCGUGACGGAAAAGUGGUGGUGGAAGAUAUCGAAGACAAUCCGGGAUUCUUCCGCGUGAAACUCUACGCCGUACCGCAUUUCCAGGUGGAAGGUAUGGAUGUCAGCCUGUCACUGGUUUCGCAGAUGCCGAAGGCAAAAGCGUAA